AUGUUCGCUAUAGCUACAAAACUCUUAGUAAAGCUGUCUCUUGGUUCUGCACGAAGCUCAAAUAAGACUGGAGUGCUACCCCUCAGGUUGGGAUCUGCACUGUCCAUCCGUGACGGAGAUGAACCUUCAGAUAUUAUCAAACCGUGUUUACUACAGCGAUCGGUUACAGAAAAGUCCAGCAAGUGUAUCAUAAAAUGGAAGGGUUGUAGAACCGCACCCACCGCUAGGUCGUCACCAUCCGCUUGCAUCAGAGUGAAAGACGACAGAACAGGUGUUAUGGAAAUCUGUAUUGGAGACAAUACUAAAUCGUAG